UUUCGAAAAGUUUUGUGUGCUAUUUAGAAUUCAAUAUACAACAAGAGUGCCUCAUUCGAUGGGAAUAUAGUUUUUCUUCAUCUCAGGACGCCGGGUUUUGAUAUCCUGAUAUUGGAUUUCAAUACAUCACAUUCAAAACUUAUAUACGAAAAUGACUUCUGCGGAUUUGCAAGUACGCGAGGCUGGGCGAGCAUUGCGUGUGCAAACUGAAGCGCCCCAUCUCGUAAUGUGUGGCAGUGGAAGACUCUCAACUUCAGUGACAUUACACCCUAUUCCAGAAGGUAGAAUUAUUCUGGGAUGCAAUCGAGAUGCUGAUAUACCACUCUCUGGUACCGGAGUCGAACCUAUUCAUUGCAUGAUCGAAAACAAUAACGGCGUUGUCACACUUCAUCCCAUAAAUGGGAACACGUCCAUCGAUGGAAUUCCAGUUACUUCUCCUGUUCGCCUCAGCCAAGGUUGUAUGCUCUCAAUAGGAAGAUCAAAUUACAUGAGGUUUAAUCAUCCAGCCGAAGCGAAACAAUUAAGAUCUGUCCUGCCAAAUUCAAGAAUAUCAAUGGCGCCGAUUUCGUUCUCUCUCUCUGAAACUUUAGAGAGUCAUUUAGAACGUAAACCGCCAGUGCCACCGCGAAAAUCACCACGAAAUUCAUGUUCAGAUGAGGAAAUUGGUUUUCUGAGUAAAUUAACAAAAUUUGAAAUGUUAGCUAGACAAAAUGGAAAUUGUGUUUCACCAAAAGUAUUUCCAGCCGGUGGUCUCACGACAAAUGUACCAGCUGAUCAAAUUCUUGGUCAUUCACGAUCAUCGAGUCUAGCAUCGCUAUCAAAACAUACUGUAAGUCCUCUACAAAAUCUCACGAAUUUUGAUCGAAGUCGAUCAAAUACACCAUCAUUAAAUAACAGUCCCGGUAAUCUUCAUCGUCUAGAUGAUUGCAAGAAAAUAGAAAUUACACCCAAUCAACAAUCAUAUCAAAUACCAUCACCAAAUCAUAAUCACAUACAAAUUAUAUCAGCAGCUGAAUCCUAUUUAAAUGCCUAUAAAUCAAAUUUAAAUUAUAAUAAUAAUGAAAAUCAAGAUCUAAUGACAAGAAGUUUAAUUUGUCAAAGAAGUGGUGAUUUAGAAAGACUUAGCAGUGAUUUUGAUAUGAGCCAAAGUCUCAUUGUUGCUAAAACAACAACUGAAUAUGUUCAAGUUGAAAAAUUUGGUUCUAAUCCAAAUCUCUAUAAUCGAACAGGUGAUAUUAAUGGUUCGUGUAAUAAAUAUUUACAAGAAUAUUGUUUUAAUUCAAAUAUGAGAAAAGUUCAACCAAUGAGUCCGGCAUUUAAUCGAAAUCCAAGAUAUGAGAGUAAAAAAAAUGUUGUUCGUGUUAAGAGUCCCACGCCAAGUACAGGAAGCGGAUGUUCUUUAGAAGAACUUAGGGAGAGGCAGGUUGAUGCAGAGAACAAGAGAAGAGAGGCUGAAAAUAGACGGAAGCAAGCUCAGGAAGAGAGAUUGAGAGAACAAGAGAUGGAGAAGCAAGAGAAACUUAGACUGGAAGAGAUUCUGGCAAUGUGUGCAGAAUACGAGAGACAGACCACUAUUGAUAAACCCAGACAACCUAACAGAAUAAUGACAAAUGGUUCGUUAACAAGGGACAAAAGAUCCGGUCACAAUUCGCCAUUUGGAAGUCCAAAGAGCACUUCAAAAAUUCAGCCACACUUUGCGUUUGAAUCAUCAAAAGAAAACAAAUCAAUGGUCUAUGAGAAUAUAAAUGUACAAAAUUCAAAUAUGACCUUUCAAAAUGGAGAAACGUCAAAUAUCUCGAAUAUUGUUCAUAAUGAAAAUGGAAAUAAAUUUACAGUCAAAGAUUCUCAACCAACUACACCAAACAAUAAUCAAACUACAAAAUGGCCUAAUUUUUAUAACAAAGAACAAUCCAAUUAUUUUACAUCAACGUCUAAUUUCGAAAGUCCUAAUUAUGAAAAUAUUAAAAUUAAAAAUAGUAUUCAUCCUAAAGAAACACUAAUUGUUCACGAAAGGUCUAAAAGUGAAUCUCCAUCGAUCUACGCUAAGAUAAAUGGAACAAAAUUAGAUAGUCAAAAUGUUGUAUCUCAAAAUUAUGAAAAUUUUCUACCAUUAAAUGGAAAUAUUAGUAUUUAUGAGAAUGUUGUAAUGCCACGAAAUAAUACACAAGUAAUGUCAAAUACUUUGCCAAGGAGAAAAAGUAUAAAAUCCAAUAAAAUCUGUGACAUUACUGAUAAUAAUAAAUUGAUAGUUUCCGAUGAUGAUCUAUUAGAUGCGAUUGAACAGCUGAAAAUGUUGCCAAAGUGUAAUGACACAGUACGAAACAACAUACCCAAGAGGAUCAACACGGAAAAAGAUAAUGUCAAAUCAAAAGAAAUAAAGACUGACAAGGAUAAAAAAGUACACGAGGAGGAAGAUCGAAAAAAGUAUAUGGAAUUUUUGGAAAAUGAAAAACGCCACAUUCUUGGGAAUAUGGAAGUUUUUAAAAGAAGUAUUGCUGAUAUAGAAAAUCAAGAGGAGGAAAUAAAUAGAGAGCUCGAAUUGGAAAAAGCUCUUUUAUCUGCCGAAUAUGAAUCAGAAUCUUUGAAACUCACUCAGGAUGAGAGUGAAAAAAUAAAAAUUCAGAUGCGUAUAAAUGAAUUGGAAAGAGAAAUGUCGCAGGAUAGUACAUCUCAAGCAAAUUUACAAGGAGAAGCAAGACAACGAGUUCAAAAUGCGCAACAGCUUUGCAAUGAAUUUGAAGAUGAACUUUCAAAUUGCAUAAAUGUCGAGAUUCGAGAAGAGCUUGCUAACAAAUUAAGCACGCAGCAGGAUAUUUUUGAAACUGAGAGAAAAGCUUUUGAAGAUUUAGAAUUUCAUCAUCUAGAAGAAGAAGCAAGUAAAUUGGCUACAAGAGAAGAAUUACAAAGGUAUCUCAGUGAACUGUCAACGAGAAUAGAAAGCAGAAAAGUUCAACUUACACAUUUGGAAUCACAAAAGUCUGAAAUUAAAAACUCAGCUACCAAAGAUACGAAAAAUCUAGAAAGACAAAAAUUAGGUCACCUGAGAAGAUUGGAGGAAGGACGAAAUCGAUUACGAGCGAUUGAAGACGAAUUGGAAAAUCUAGCUAGAAAUGCACCAGAAUGUGAUGAAAAACGAUCUCCCAGUAGAGAGGAUUUUGAUAGAAUAUCAAGAGUCACAACUGAUUCUCCAAUAGUCAACAAUCAGGGUAGUUUGGGAAGAAAAACAAUAGAGUCACUAAAGGAAAUAGAGAGAAAUCGACAACUUCAUCUAGCAAAACAAGGUAGCCAAGUGAUUUCCGAGGAACGACGAAGGGUAGAAGAAUUAAAAAGAAGAGUUCAAGAUGAAGUCCGUUCACAAUGGGAAGAAAGAAAAAUGAAUUGCACUUCAUUCAACAGUGUGGAAUCCGGAGAGGAAUCCAGUUAUGGUCCUACUGAAAGUGGGAGCGGCAGUGAUGGUGCUGAAGGAGCAACCAGUGAUAAAUUAUCGCCAAGUAAACUUUCAGAAUUUACCUCCCCAAGUCCUGGACCAUCAAAUAAUUCAUAUUCACUUCUUUCUACUGAAAAUAUGAGGGAUGACAGAAGAACAUCAUUGGAAAAUGAACGCUACAGUACAACGAGUGUUGGAAUUCUAGAUGGAAAUGGAAGUCGUCCUUUAUCACAGACCUCAAGUGAAAUGGAUACAUUAGGAAAUUCGCAAACUAUCAAACACCGAGAAAAAGCUAAAUUACAGAGACCGCUCACAAGGUAUCUUCCCAUAAAAUCAGAAUCCCUUGAUUUGAGAUUACAUAUUGAAACGGCAGGACAUCAACUACCACUUAUUCAUGAUGUUUCUGUUGAUACAACAAAUUGUUGUGGAUAUUUAUCAAAAAUGAGUAAAAAAUUUCAUCAUUGGAAUAAACGAUGGUUUGUUUUCGAUAGAAAAAGAAAAACACUAGCAUAUUACAGUGAUAAUAAUUCUAAAAAACCUCGUGGUGUCAUUUAUUUUCAGUCUAUUGAAGAAGUCUACGUGGAUCAUAUGAAUUCGGUAAAAUCACCACAACCAUCACUGACUUUUAUCAUCAAAACAACAACGCGACUUUAUCAUCUAAUGGCACCAAGUUCAGAAGCAAUGCGUGUUUGGGUCGAUGUAGUUUUUACUGGAGCUGAAGGUUACCAUGAAUUUGAUCAUGGAGUUUGAAAAAAAAAUUCCAAUUUUUUUAAUGUAAAAGUCAUAAAAGGCCAUUGCGUUCCUUUUUUUGAAUUUGUUCAUACUUGUCAAAGACGGCACUUGAAGAUUUGUUGUUGAAUAAUUAGCAUAAAAUGCUAAUUAUUAAAAAUAUAAAAAAAGGAGGAAACUAAGAUUACUUUGAUCUUGAUUUAAAAUCAAAAAAAGAGAUCAUUGUAGAUCACUGUAGAAUGCUACCUAUAGUGAAAAAAAAAAUAACUCAAGUAGAGUAUAAAUUCGAGAAUCACUUUUUCAAAAAUUAUUCGCUUCAAUUUCCAAAGGUGCUAAAUUAUUGAUAAUCUAACAAAAGCUAUUGUUUGGAUUAUUAUAAACAAUUUAAAUUAUACCUUUUAAUAUCAUGUUUUUUUUUUGUUAUACAUAUAGUAAUAUCUAUAAGAAAAAUUCUCUUUACGAAUAAAUAUACGAUUCUCGUAAAUGAUAAAGAAUUGAUUUUAAAUAAAUGAUUGCAAAACCUUUUUUUUUUCGAAAAAUUGCAUUACACUGCCAUUAGACAUAAAAAAAAAAUUGUCUAUAGAUUUUACAAUCUAGCAGUUAAAGUUAAUAUUUUUAGAUUGAUUUAUUGGUAAUUAUUAUAAAUAUAUUAAAAUCAGGGCAUUAGCGAGAAGUUAUACAAGUAUUACUCGUCGAUACCUAAAUAUAUACAAGUCUGUUAGUAUAUAGAAAUAUUAAUCUAGUCUUCCAAUUUAGGAAAACGUAAAUGCAGGCAGAAUCGUAAUCUCGUUAAUGAGUCUUGUUUUUAUAAUCAAGGCCCUUCUAAUUUUUUAUCGAGAAAAUGCCAUUUUAAGUUUUUUCGAGGAAAAACUAUAAACACGUAAUAUACGAAAUUUGUAAAUAUAUUCUACUUCUUUUAAGCCUAGCUUAAUAUUUUCCUUUUACAAAUUUUCUCAAAUCAUGGACAAAAAAAAAAAAGUAUUUUUAUCACAAAUAUAUAUUGUAGAAAUUUUGAACAUCAUCAUUUUCUACAAAUAGUGCCAAUCAGAAUGACAAAGUAUUAAAAAAAAAAAAAAAAAAAUAGUUAAUUGAAAAGUCGUAAAAAAUAAUAAUAGGAAAGAAUUCUUACAAUUUUUAUAAAAUUUAAAUUAAAUUACUUUUAAUUUUAAAAAAAAAAAUUUUAAUUAUUUUAUAAAUAUUCUAAUUGGCUCUAGAAAUUUGAUAUACGACUUCAAGUUAUUUUAACCGUUAAGAAAACUUUUAAAACAUCUUGUCACUAUAAAUUAAAAUAUGUAAAAAAAUAGAGAUAAAAAUGCUUGGGAAAAAUACUACAUUUGACUGCUCAAGUCAAAUCAAAUAAUUAAUAAAAAAAAACUAAUUCUUGCUUCCCUAUUAUAUUUUUUGAAAACUUAUACUUUAUUAAAGUAUUAUGUAUAUUAUAUAAUCCGAUGCAGAAUUUUAUUGCGUAACAUAAAUCAAAUUCCAAUUUUAUAAUGGAAUCUAUAACUAAUUAUUAUAUGUUAAUCUUGCCUGUGUGCAAGAUUAAAAGUUCGCACAAAAAAAUGGACAAUUUUCAUCAUUUCUAUCAAAAUAAUGAUUUUUUUUUUUUGAAUUUUUAAGGAUGAAUGCUUUGUUAAUAAAUGACUGUUUAUUUACUUAUGGAUAAACGUUAUAUUUUCGUAAGUAACUAUAUAAUGUAUAUUUUUAAUUUUUAUUCAAUCACACAAUGAAAAUAUAAAAUCGAAUGUCUGAUAAAACAA